AUGACCGCAGAUGCACCGAAAGCGCCAAAGUCAGAAAAGCAAAAGGCGAAUAAGAAGGUUGGGGCUGGAGUUGCAAAAAAGAAGCACAGGCAGCCAUGCACUAUUUUCUUCGAGACGCAGCGAGGCCGAUGUGAGUCCUCGCAGCUAGAAUCGAGUUGGAGGGAAGACCGCUCCAAUGAGGCUACAACCAACCUAGUGCCAUUUCAGGACGAUACGGUGUCGUGGUUGUCUCCAUAUAUCGAAGCCGACUUCCGAUUGCCAACAACGUAUCAGCCAUACCGAGGCGUCCAAUUUGACCAACUUUAUAUCUGCCACUUCCUCUCCGCAUUCGCUUUCAAUGGAUCCCAAAAGGAAGGCUUUCACGUCUGGUCAAAAGAACUUCUGCCCAUGCGACACAAGAACUCGACAUUGAUAUACGCCACGCGAGCCGCAUCCAUGGCAUUUUAUGGGAGGAUAUGUCAGGACGAGAAUACUGUAAUCGAAGCCUGCCGGUGGUACUCGGCCAGUCUCCAAAGCCAACGAGAAAGUUUGGAGCUGGCGCGCGUGGGUCGGGAUGAAAGAGAUACUUCGGUGGCGGCAAUCUGUGCUGCUAUCCUUCUCUCCACCUUCGAGUCGAUGGUUUCGACCACGCCACUGGGAUGGCUGCAACACUAUGAGGGAGCAGUCAAAGUGAUUGAGAUCCUAGGACCAGAAGCAUGCCAAAGCGGAUUACUACAUAGCCUAUUUCGUUCUGUAAGACACGGUUCCGUCGCGAUCUCAAUGACUUUAGAAGAGCCUUCAAUCUUCUCGACUGAUGUAUGGAAUACGGUACCUUUUAAGCUACAGCCUCCAAGCGCGUUCGAUGAAUUGGUAGGUAUCAUGCUUCAAAUACCUAGCUGUCUCCCUCUCCGUAACGAGAUGCAGAAAUUUCAAGGAGUCGAUGCGGUAGCUUCGGAACUAUAUCGAACCUAUCUGGCCUCCAAAUCGCAGCACAUACUCCUAUGUCUCCACCAGUACUGGGAGCAGUAUCAGCAAUACAUCGACCCAAACUAUGAGCGCCGAAUGAACAGGUCUUCGCCUCUUUUUGGGGCGGAUUACUCACCUCUGGACGAAGAUGUUAUAUUCCAGGAUUCAUGCAGCGCAACGUACACGGCUCAAUAUGAUUCAGCAAACAUCGCGGCCUUGACUUAUCUCACGGCUGCCUCGGUGGUACCAGCAAAAUAUGAACGAAAAAUCGCGCAACAUGGAGAUUCCGUACUGGCUUCGAUUGCCUAUCACGAACUACUCGGUUCCUUCAGCGGUGGAUCCUUUUCGAUGAUAUUGCCGACUAAGAUCGUGUGCAUGAUGUCUCCUUUCGAAAGCCAGAGAAGUACCGCACAAGAAGCACUUCGCAAGUGGGGCGCUGGGAGGGGGGUUAGUGACAUAUGCACAGUCGCAGCUCCCAACGUCCUUCGACCAUCCACAGAAGUCAGUAUACCCAUGGAAAUAAUGUUUUAA